UUCACCGUCUUUCCCUCGUUGCUGCUGGCGGUGUGUUGCUAGCUCAUCAUUCCAUGUUUGCUGUUUUCCCUGCCAUGCAAACAGCCUAAAACUAUCCGUUGCCAAACAUAAUCAAUAUAGUUGCUCCAUUAAUGCACGUUUUCUGGUUUCAGUGCAGUAAUGCAGUUUGUGCAGCUGCUCCAGGUGUGCCUCUUGGGACUUGGCCUUACCAUGGCCAGUCCCGGAAGGACGUUUCUGAUGAUGUUUCCCCCCCAUAAUGACCCAACAGCAAAUGUUAGCCAUGAAGUGACUAUCACGGCCACUGGUGUUUGGACCUCAGUCACUGUGAAGGUUCUGGAGAGCAGCUUCGUACAACACAUUUUCCUCUCUUCCCGCCAGUCAAAGACAAUCCACCUGCCACUGACUGUGGGAAUAAGCAGCGACCGCUCCUUCUACCUCCUCAGUGUGCAGUCUGUAUGGCCCGUUACAGUCCUUGCCUCAUUCUGUACCCAGACCGGUUGUGACCACAGCCUCCUUCAUGAAGUGUCUUCUUGGGGGAGCCACUAUUAUCCCGUUACUCCUAACUUCCCUAAUCAGACUGCCGUCAGCCAGAUGGUGAUCACCAGCUCAGACCAAGCAACAUCAGCAGAUCUCUUCCUCUCAGGGGACGUGCUCUUUGAAGGCAAUAUACACCCCAGGGGUAGUGUCCUUAAGCUGCAUAUAGGGGUGCUGCAGAGUGUUUACCUCCAGAGCAACUCCAGUCUCUCUGGCUCAGAGUUAAUCUCCAAAGAAGCUGUAGGUGUAGUGGUUGGUUUUACCUGCUCCAAACACACACCCGGGGAUUGCUUGUAUGGAUUUUCCGAGCUGAAACCAGUUACACAGUGGAGUUUUGAUUACGUUGUCCCUCCUUUGGUAAACACAGAAAUGAGUUCCAGUUUCUUGUUGGCACUGGCGACAAUCAACUCUGACCUGGACAUCACCACCAGCACAGAGAGAAAGACUGAGUCUUUGUUUGGCGGCGUUAUGAAGGUCAUCCCAGUUGUGACUUCAGAUAAAAUCCACAUCACCAGUGACAGUCCUCUUCAACUUGUUUACUUUAGACUUGACAAUGCACAGCAGAGACCUUCAACGCUAAUAGUACUGCCAUCUGUUGAUGAUAUCUGCCAGACUGUACCUAUGUUUGAUUCAGGUGAUGUGAGCGAGCAGCAAGAUAACAGAAACCGCUCAGGAGAUUUAAAGUCUGGUGUUAAAUUCUCCCCAAAGCACAACUUUGCUCAGCUGCCUCAUCAUAAUGCAGAGCCCAAUUCUCUUUAUGCAGACACAGAUGUGGGAAAAUAUCUGAGUACCAUGAACAGACAACAAUAUCCAGCAGUGUGUGAGAAAACUGCAGCUUCUUGUGAAGAUAUACACUGUGGUCACAAAAGGAAGUGCUCUAUCAAAGAUAAAAAGCCACUCUGUUCUUUGAGAGCUAAGAUAUGCUCUGCAUGGGGUGACUCUUAUUACCGCACAUUUGAUGGAAGAGAUUUUGCCCUACGGGGAAACUGCAACUACACUUUAGUUCAGACAACAUGUCCAGGCUUUAACGCUUCUGUUCAACUACAGAUUAAUAUAGCACAAGCAUAUUUGAACAGUGCCACUGUCUCUACCAUCCACACAGUGCAGAUAAACAUCCAGGGCUUUGAUAUCUCCAUAGUUAAAGAAGACAAAAAUCAUGUUAGGAUAAAUGGACAGAGAAGGAACUUGCCCCUCACUUUUGGAAAUGGGACCCUGAACUUUUAUCCAAGUGGCUCCAGCGUCGUCUUUGACACUGCCUUCGGCCUGACUCUGCAGUACGACUGGAAACACCAUCUCCAGGUUGAAGUCGGCCCUGAGCUGUAUGGACUCCUGUGCGGCUUGUGUGGAAAUGCUAAUGACAGCUCCUCAGAUGACGUCAGUUCCUCUAAUGGCAUUGAAGAGAGCCAGACGGUGGAUUUUACCCUUCCGUGGGUGUUGAACGGUGACGCAGGCUCCUGUAUUGAAGAUUGCGGUGGUGGUGUCUCAUGUUCAGUGUGCACUGAAAGCCAAACCAAAUCAUUUCCUGGCAUUAGAGGCAAUUCCCUUGGGAUUGGGUGCACUCUGCUGCAGAGGAGCAAUGGACCUUUUGCAGAUUGUCAUUCGCAUGUUGAUCCUGAGCCAUUUGUUCGUAGCUGUGUGAACACCCUUUGUGUCAUGAAUGAAGAUGCCUCUGCUAUGUGCAAGAUAUUGACGGCUUAUGCCAACAUCUGCCAAAGGCUCUUGGCCAGAGUCCAAAAUUGGAGAACCAUCGCCAAGUGCUCUAUGGUGUGCCCUCUGAACAGCCACUAUGAGAUCUGUGGUUCUGCUUGCCCUGCUACCUGUGCUGACCCAGAGGCCCAUAGUAAUUGCACUCUGCCCUGUGUGGAGUCGUGCCAGUGCAACAGGGGAUAUCUGCUGAGUGGUGGGAAGUGUGUACCAGAUAGCAAGUGUGGUUGUCUUCACCAAGGUGCCUACUAUCACCCCAAGGAGAACUUCUGGAUUGACGAACACUGCCAGGAGAAAUGUGUCUGCCAGCCUAGCUCCAAAACAGUCAUGUGCACUCAGUCUCAUUGCCAGGAUGGAAAAGUGUGCAAGCUUCUGAAUGGAGUUGUGGGCUGUUACGCGGAUGGGCCUGGGGUGUGCAUAGCCAAAGGAGAUCCUCAUUAUACCACCUUUGAUGGGCGUAAGUUUGAUGUGUAUGGCAACUGCACUUAUCUACUCACUUCUCACUGUCCCACCUGGGGCGGCCUGGAAGACUUCGGCGUGGAGGUCCAGAACCACAAGGCAGAUGCUACAAAUGUUUCCUUCAAAAUGGUAAAAAUGGUGACGUCCGGUUAUUCCAUAGAGAUGUCAAAUGACUGGAGCAACAGAGUUAUGGUAAAUGGUCUGCUGCUGCGCCUUCCAUCUGUGUUGAGCCAAGGCAAAGUAAAGCUCUACAUGACUGGACUCUCAAAGUGCAUAGAGACUGACUUUGGUGUUGUCAUAACCUACAGCUCUGAUGUCCUGACUGUUCAAAUGCCAAGAAUCUUUUCUGGAAAUCUCUGUGGCCUGUGUGGAAACUUUAAUGAGGAUCCAGAAGAUGAUGUGAUGCCUGAUGAUGAAUCGGAUAUGACUCAGGCUGUUAGACACUGGCAAAUCAGCAGUGAACAUGAAUGUGUGGAUGUACCUAUGAACAACUGGGGUUGCAGUUCACAUGAUCGGACUCUUUAUGAGGGGAAAGAUUUCUGUGCAAGGUUACUGGAUACAGAGGGAGCAUUCCAGAGCUGCCAUAAAACAGUCGACCCACAAGAUUUCUACGAUAACUGUCUUCAUGACCUCUGUGUUAGUAACCAGACUACCCUGUGUCAGAUUCUGUCCAGCUAUGUUGCUGUAUGUCAAGAAAUGGGAGCUAUUGUGGAUGAAUGGAGGGCUUCCAACUUUUGUAAUCUCUCCUGCCCUCCUAACAGUGAAUAUCGCCUGUGCUCCAGGCACAAGUCUGACUGUGUUGAAACCCCAAGUCUUCUAGCAGUGAAAUGCAAAGAGGGCUGUUUCUGCAAAGCAGGGUUUUUCCACAGUAGUGGGGAAUGUGUACCAAACUCUGAGUGUGGCUGCAUCUACAAUGAUGUUUACUAUGAAAUCCAUGAGAACUUCUACCCCGAUGAGCACUGUCAGCUGCACUGCGUCUGUGUGGGCAACAAUCAGGUGCAGUGCACCAACCACACAUGUCCAAACGGGACAAAAUGUGCCAUUCAAGAUGGCCACAGGGCAUGUCAUGCAUCACAACCUGUUAAAUGUGCAGUCAUGGGUGGCAGACACUUCAGGAGCUAUGAUGGACAAAGCUUUGACUUCAAUAUGGGAAGCUGCCGUUAUGUUCUAUCGCAGGUUUGUGACCAGCUGGAGUCUGACCUGUCUGCUGUUAUCCAGCAAGGACAGCUGCACCUCAGGGUCCAUGGGGUGAACAUGACUUUGGAGAUGGAGCAUUUGGGAAAAGUGAAGAUUGAUGGUGUUUUGAGGGGUCUUCCUGUCAAGCUGAAUCACACAGCAAUACUACACGCCGGCUCGCUCACUCGUGUUGUUGUGGACACAGGAGUUGUUGUCACAUAUGGAGGGCCUAGUCUGAUACAAAUAGUGAUUCCUGCCUCCCAAAGAAAAAUGUGUGGCUUGUGUGGAAACUUCAGUGCCAUUAUUACAGAUGACAAACAGAGCCUGAAUGGCAGCCUUGCAAGUGAUGCUUCCAGCUUUGCAUCAUCCUGGUCACUUUCACCACCUGGAACAAACUGCUCUGCAGAAUGCGGCCUCUGUUCAGAGUGCAACUCUACCAUAGCAGCUGAAUUUGCAUCUGACAACCUCUGUGGCAUGCUGCUCACUCCUUCAGGACCAUUUAGUGGAUGCCACUUCACUGUUGACCCAAAGCCCUUCUUUCACAACUGUGUGAAUGAUGUGUGUAUGUCUAAUGGGAGUGAAGAAUUGUUUUGCAGCAGUUUGAGUGCAUACACUUUUGCAUGCCAAGAGGCAGGAGCGAAGGUCAAACCAUGGAGGGGUGAGAAGUGCUCACUCUCAUGCCCUGAAAAAUCUCACUAUAAUAUAUGUGUCAGUGCGUGCCCCGAGUCCUGUGGUAUUUCAUCCGAUAUCCCCUGCCCGUGGGCUUGUUAUGAGGGAUGUCAGUGUGAGUCUGGAUACAUGCAGAGUGGGAAUGGCUGCGUCAAAGCUGAGAAAUGUGGUUGCUUCUACCAUGGGCACUACUAUGAGAUCGGGGAGAUAUCGUGGGCUGAGGGAUGCUCAGAGCGGUGUAACUGCUUUGCCGCUGCCACCAUGUGCUGUGAGCCAGACUCGUGCCCCGAGGGAGAGAGCUGCACCCUUAACAAUACCUGGGGCUGUGCAAGGAAAGAUGAUAGUGAUUCUAAAAUCUGUAACAAUGGAGAGACUUGUGGUGUCCAGAGCCAACCUCUGCAAACCCAGUGUUGGGUUCUGGGAGGUGCCCACUUUCAUACUUUUGAUGGACAGGUGUUUCAAUUCAUGGGAAACUGUACCUACACUCUGGUCCAGAUAUUGAAUGACACCAGUGAGAAUAUUACAUUUUGGGUCGGGGCACAGAAAGACAGGACCCCCGACGAGGCGUCCUCUCUUAAAGCUAUUCAUGUUAAAGUAGCUAAAGACAAUAUAACCAUCUACAGAGGGGGGAGAGGCUUUGCUUGGAUAAAUGGCGAGAAAAGGCUACUGCCCGUGUCCCUGCAGUUUCAAAAUGUUACGAUUUAUCAGAGUGGCAUGUUUGUUGUUGUGGAUACUAGCCUGGGAAUCAAAAUUAAGUAUGACUGCUCUCAUAUUGCCACUAUCCUCCUCUCCAAUACAAAAGAAGUACAUGGCAUGUGUGGGAAUAAUAAUGGCAUCAAAGAAGAUGACCUCAGGACCCCGCAGGGCGAGGCUGUCGAUGCUAACACCUUUGGCUGGAGCUGGAGAGUUCCUGAUCAGGAAGCUCGGUGCACAGCAGACUGUGGAGAUGCAUGCCCACGCUGCUCUGCUGAGCAGCUACUGGAGAAGAAUGUAGCUAGUCAAUGGAUUUCCAUGCAGGAGUACAUUUGGUCGCCGCAAAAUCCAUUUUAUAUGUGCCGGGAAGUUGUUAACCACACCAAAAUCUCUGCAGCUGUGAGCAUGUUUGACCUGUGCUCUAGUAAUGACACUCAGAAGGUCCUCUGCCCGAUCUUAGAGGCCUUUUCUGCUGCCUGCCAAAAUGCCCAGAUCCAGAUCGGAGAGUGGAGGAAUAGUUCUUUCUGCUCCAUUUCCUGCCAGCCAAAUAGCCUUUAUAACUCCUGUGGCUCAGCCUGCCCUGCCACUUGUGAAGACCCAUUCAGUACAAGACCCUGCACACUGGCAUGUGUGGAGACCUGCCAGUGCGACCCAGGGUUCGUCCUGGAAGGCGACAUCUGUGUGCCUUUGUCCCAGUGUGGCUGCACUCACAACGGCCACCAUUACCACAGCAACCAGACCUUCUGGGCCGAUGAGGGAUGCACUGAGCGGUGCAUUUGUGACCCCCACACCAACCAGACACAGUGCCAUUUGGAUUCUUGUGGCCCAGAUAAAUACUGCGGCCUUCAAAAUGGAGUCAGAAGCUGUGUGCCGCACCCCCAGCAGACAUGCAUCUACACUGGUCAUCACAUACUCACCUUUGACCAACAUGAAUAUGAUUUGCACGGCACCUGUCAGUACCAGUUACUGGUCAUGUGUGGACUGGAAGGAGGCCUUGAUGUCAUUCAGGUUCACAUACAGACGGAUGGACACCUGGAGUCAGACGUUCAUGUCCUGGUCAAUGUGAGUGGUGUACUUGUGGAGCUAAACAACAAAAACACUGAGAGCAUAGAGGUCGAUGGUGUCAAGAAGAACAUGCCCUAUCACCUUAGCCACUCUGCACUGGUUUUCUCCUUGGGGCUAAUAACUUACAUCUACACAGACUGGGGCUUUGAAUUUAGUCUCUGCAAAGAGGGCAUAGUCAACAUUCGUCUCUCCAGUAAAUAUGCAAACGCUACUUGCGGCUUGUGUGGCAACUUCAACUCUGAUCCUGCUGAUGACCUCACAGCAAACGGCCUACCCGGGCAUCUCAGUCCGGAGCACUUUGGAAAAGCUUGGAGGAGUGGUCAGAGUCCUUGGUGUGUGGAGGGCUGUCUAGGAGGAAGUUGUCCGAAAUGUUCAUCUGAGCGUCUGGCCCGCUUCUCUGACCCGGAGGCCUGCGGGAGGAUUCUGGAAGUUAAUGGACCAUUCAGGCACUGUCAUGGCAAAGUGGACCCCUCCAGCUUUUACAAGCGCUGCGUCAGUGACCUGUGUCUUCAUGGAGGUCUCCAGCCUGCACUGUGUCACUCGUUGGCAGAGUAUACUGCUGUCUGCCUUUCCCACAAGGCUACAGUUUUUGCCUGGAGGAGUCCUGGAUUCUGCUACGUGUCCUGUCCCUCCAGUACCAGUUACAACAUGAGUUCUGCCCCUGUUCACCUCUGCCUCGGCUGGCAGAACAACACAGUAGAGAUGCCUCCAAACAUUGGGGAAAACUGCCUCUGUGAAGCAGGUUUGGUUCGCAGCGGCACCCUGUGCGUCCCUCCAGAAAACUGCGGCUGUCUUCACCACAGAGAAUACCUAAGGGCAGGACAGGAGGUGUCAACCUGCGAGCAGAGCUGUUUAUGUCAUGCUGGGGGACAAGUGACUUGUCGUAAUGUCUCCUGUGGAGAGGAUGAGGAGUGUAAGCCUAUUAAGGGUGUUCAAGGUUGCCACCCCAAACCUAAAGUGGCACGCUGCUCUGUUGAUGGAUCCCAAUAUACCACGUUUGAUGGACAGGCAUUUGAAUUUCAUGGUUCAUGUAACUACACCCUGGUGCAGACGUGCCUCAGUAAACUAGAUGUGGAGCCUGUUUUGAUAGCCGCACAGGGCAACCGCAGCGAAGGCAGGCAGAUCUACUUGAAAGUUGAUAAAAUGCAUUUUAAGAUGUCAACAGCUUUUCCUGGAAAAAUUCAGGUGAAUGGAGUUUUCGAGAACUUGCCAUUUUCCCAGAGCAACGUCACUGUACAUCAGAAAAAUGGACAGAUAACCAUCAAGACGCCACAGUCGGUUGAGCUUAUUUCAGACCUGCAAAGCCACAUUUUUGUAAAGAUCCCCAACAGUUACCACAACACAACCUGUGGUCUUUGUGGAAACUACAACAAUAACCCCUCAGAUGACCUGCAGCUGCCUAAUGACACCGUGACCUCUGACCCUGACGUCUUUGGGCCGUCGUGGAAAUUGUUUAAUGCGGAGUCAUCCUGCAGCGACACAUAUGACAGUACCCAUCGACUCUGCCACUCCCCCAUCCCUGAAUACACCUCUGACCUGUACUGUGGUCUUCUCACCAAUCCCAGCGGACCAUUCUCCUCUUGUCACCAUAUAGUUUGCCCAAACAAAUACUUCGCACUCUGCAUGGAAAGCCUUUGCAUUGCAGAGGGACAGCACUGGGCCCUGUGUGAUGCACUGUGGUCCUAUGUGGCAGCAUGUAAGGAGGCAGGAGGAGGAGUUCACCUCUGGAUGAACUCCACAGACUGUGCUUAUGAAUGUCCUCAAUACAGCCACUACAGCCAGUGUGCCAAUGCUUGCUCCUCAGUGUGUCCUGAGAGUAGCCAGGCGGUGCAUUGCCCCAGAGACUGUGAGGAAGGUUGCCAGUGUAAUACUGGACACCUUUAUGAUGGUCAUGCCUGUGUACCAGCGGAGCAAUGUGGCUGCCUACAGGACGGGAGGAGAUUUGAGGCCUCUGAGAGCAGACUCCUACAAAACUGUACCGUUAACUGCACCUGUGGGCCCCCUCUCGUCUGUGAGCGGUACUCAUGUCCUGCACAGCACAGUUGUAUAGUUUCUGAUGGACUCAUCGGGUGCCACAAAGAUGUGAAAAACCCAGAUCCAUGUGAGGGAAAAUGUGGUGAAAGUGAGAAAUGUCACCUGAACAAUGGUGUGCCUGUCUGUGAGAGUCGUCAGGGUCUGUGCUGGAGCUGGGGAGGCCGGCACUACCACACCUUUGAUGGCCUCGACUAUGACUUUGAGGGCACCUGCACCUACAUGUUCGCAGCCAGCAAGGGGGCAAUUUCUGGUCUGACCCCCUUUAGUGUGUCCAAGAAGAACUGCUAUGAUGGCACUGUAACCUCCGCACAGGAGGUCACUGUGAAAGUUUAUGGGUUCAUCAUCAAGCUCAGUAGUGAAAAAAACAGCAUACAUGUUAAUGGUCAAGUGACUAAUAUUCCUGUUAAUCUAAUGCCGGGUAAGAUCCAGAUUUCUUCCAGGGACAGCAAAGUUAAACUGACAACUGACUUUAUACAGGUGGUCUUGGUUGGGAACUCCACUGUUGUUGUUAUACUGGACCCACACUUCAAGGGUGAAGUCUAUGGACUGUGUGGCAAUUUUAACAGUUAUUCUCAAGAUGAGUAUCCUGUAACUACACCUGGUUCCCCUCCCAGUAACACAAGUGCAGCACUCGCCCAGGCUUACCAACUCUUUGAAGAGGACCAAAACUGUUGUAGUAACUGUAAGCAGAAGCCAGAUCCUGUUUAUGAUGUUGUCUCCAGAGGCAAAAGUCAGUGUGCAGUGCUGGUGGAUCAGGACGGUCUGUUGGCCCACUGUCACAGUCGAGUCGAUCCACAUUCCUUCUAUGAAAGUUGUGUGGUCAGCGUGCAGAAUGGAGGGUCAAAAGAUGCUCUUGACCAGGCCAUUUAUUCAUAUACCGCAGUUUGUGAAGAAGCCAGUGGCAGCUACCACAGUGGAGUCACAGCUGACACAACUAUGGACUGUCCACCAAACAGCCACUACAAGACCUGUGGCUCAGCCUGUCCCCCAUCCUGUGAGUUUAACUCCACUUUCUGUAACAAGAUCUGUGUUCAGGGCUGUUUCUGUGACGCCGGCUUCGUUAGGAGUCAGGCUGGCUGUGUUCGUCCACAUCAGUGUGGCUGCAUGGACUCCAGAGGCAAAUACCACAGCCUCAACUCAACUUUCUGGACGCCAGACGACUGUGGGCAGCUCUGUCUCUGUGGACCAUCCAGUGGAGAGAUCCACUGCCGCCCAGCCCAGUGCCCCAGAGGAACAGUCUGCAAGCAGCUGCGGCAUAAGAGGGUGUGUCAAGCUGAAAAGCCCCAGAACUGUACCAUCGUUACUGGACUGCAUUUUACGACCUUUGAUGGACUUCAUUUUGACUUUAGAGACAGUUGUGCAUAUUCUCUGGUUCAAACCAAGACCAACAUAACAGGACUGACACCAUUUAAUAUCACUGUCUCCAAUGCAAGUUGCCACAAAAGACUUUUCCACAGCCUCGAUUUGACACUCGUCAUCUAUGGUUUGGAGGUGGAGGUGAGAAAGGAGGACCCAGCAAAGGUUUUGGUUCAUGGACUGUAUAAGCCCUUACCAUACUCUCACCUGACCGGCCGUGUGAAUGCCUACCGCACACCUUCGUCUAUCAUCAUUCACACCGAUGUGGGAUUACAGCUGAUCGUCUACAACUCCGGCACGUUAAUGGUGAUCCUCCCUGGCAGUUACAGUUCAUCUGUCUCUGGUCUCUGUGGGAAUGCCAACACUGACCCUCAUGAUGACCAAAUGAUGCCCAAUAAUGAGCUCGCCCAAAAUAGUCUAGAGUUUGCCCACAGCUGGAAGUCUCUGGGAUCAGAAGCCUGCAGGUCCAACUGUUCCUCCAGACCAAAGCAUUGUCCUGCUGAGGCACAGAAGCUGUUUGAAGGCAGUGAUUUUUGUGGGGUGUUGUUGAAUGAGCUUGGGCCGUUUGCAGAUUGUGCCUCAGUGUUAAGUCCCAAGAUUUACUUCCACAGCUGUGUGACAGAUUUGUGCUCUUAUGGCGGACACAACUCAGCACUCUGCAAUUCCAUUGCUGCUUAUGCUGCUGCCUGCCAAGCAGCUCAGCUGCCUGUCAGGCAUUGGAGGAGUGACACUUUCUGUGGUAUGUCAUGCCCCAAGAAUAGCCAUUACGAGCUGUGUGGACCUCGAUGUCCUGUCGUGUGCCUCGGACUGUCCUCCCCAGCCAACUGCAGUGGAGGUUGUGAGGAGGGCUGCCAGUGUGACCCUGGCUACGUCCUGAGUGAUAGCCAGUGUGUGCUGGUUUCUGACUGUGGUUGCAUGCAUGAGGGACAGUAUCACCCUGCUGGCAUCUUCUACUCUGAGAAAAACUGCCAAAAGUGUAACUGUAAAGGGGGAGAAGUGGCCUGCAGCCCCAUGGACAGCUGUACGAUAAAGGAUGGCCUUGCCUUGCAGCAUGGGGUGUGCCAAGUGUUUGCUGGCUUUGGCUACAUCACUUUUGAUGGUGUUGUUCUGCCUCACCACGGAGCUUGCACCUAUGUUGUGUCAGCCCUCUCCUCUAAAGUCAUGCAUGACUAUACUCUUCUCCUUAGCUUUAGAAAGGAAGGCAAUGGCAUUUUCUCUAUCAGCAGAUUGGUAUUUCGUUUACAUUCAGUCGAGGUGUCCAUUGACCCAGAAGCUCUAUGGAAAAUACAAGUAAACAAAGAGGAAUGCAGAGUGCCUUUUAACAGUGGAGAACUACAAGCAUACCAAGAUGGCAACAGGCUGAUUAUCAUCACACCAUCCGGGGUGGGGAUUGACUUAUCUUCUACUCAAUACCUCAGGUUAACUGUACCGCAGGUACAUGAUGCCACAGCUUCGGGCCUCUGUGGGAACUUCAACGGGGAUAAGUACGAUGACAUGGAACUGAAAAAUGGCCACCUUACCAAAAGCUUUGCAGAGCUCCUGCACAGCUGGGCAGCAGUAGCUCCUGGUGGACAGCACUGCACUGACACUUGUGGGACGGAGUGUGAUGAGUGUAGGCUGUCCCUCAAUGACAGCAUGGUCUGUGACAUCCUGUUGAUUAAUAGUAUUGACUUCCACCGUUGCUGGAGCAGUGAUGUGCAGCGCGAUAUUUACACACUUAUGUGCAACAGGGCAGUUUGUGCCGGGGCAGCAGGGCAAGAGGCUGCAUGUCUCGCACUGGAAGCAUAUUCUGCAGCCUGCCAGGCUAGAGGAAUACCAGUAGGACCAUGGAGAGAGAAUACUCCAUGUGCUCUUCAGUGCCCUGACCGCAGCAGCCCAAGGAAGUGUGUUGACUCCAGCUCCAACUCUUGCCCUGCUCUGCUGCGGCCUGGUUCCUCAGCAACUGGCUGUUCAGAAGGAUGCGAGUGCCACAAUGGAAAAGUGUUCGAUGAGGGCGAGUGCAUACCCUACAGUCAGUGUGGGUGUGUUCAUCAUGAUAUAUAUAUCAAGAUGGAUGAGCAAUUGUACACUGAGGACUGCACCCAGAGAUGCUGGUGCCAUCCUUUGGGUGGGGCGUUAUGUGAGGAGGCAGGCUGCGGUGCAGGGCAGCAGUGUGCUCUGAGGAAUGGUUCCUGGGGUUGUCGUGACAGACCUAAAGUUUGUGAGCUUAAGGGCAGCCUUCAAGUCUCCACACUUAGUGGGCAGCAGCUGAGUUUGGAGCCUGGGUUAUCUUACAGUCUGAUGUCCCUCUGUGACGAGGCCAGUGUGCACUGGUUCAGCCUGAUCUCUUACCGUGGACCUUGUGAUGGCAGCUCUUCCAGGCCAAUCACUGUGUUUCAGAUCCUCCUGCAGGGAUCAUCGUUAACCAUACAUGAAGGCAAAGUGAAGGUGAAUGGACAUUUGGUGUCCCUCCCUCACAUCUUGCCAUUUGGGGUGUCCCUGUCAUCUGGGAUGAGCCAGGACAAGUCAGAGGUGUCAGUGAUACUGAGAAGAGACACUGGCUUGGAGUCAGAGCUGGAGAUGGAGAUUGGUGUUAACAUGUUGACGGUCAAGGUCCCCCUGUGGUACUCAGGCAAACUGUGUGGCCUCUGUGGAAACCUGAAUGACCUCCACUCACACAGUUCAGUCAGGUCAUGGAUUCUGUCUGACUUUCCUGGCUGCGCUGGAUGGGCAGGGAGGGAGUUUGCCCUGUCAUUCAUGGAGAAUUAUGCUCCCAACUACGACAGUCCUCGCUUUCAGCUAUACAUCACCGCUGUUCAGGCCAAGACUAAAGUGACAGUGCAAGUGCCUCCCUUAAACUUCAAGCAGGAGAAAACUCUAAAUGCCGGAGAAGGGGUCACCAUCAGUCUACCGAAGAGUGUUGAGAUGUAUGGCAGCAAGAGGUCUCCCAACACGGUGCGCAUUGAAGCAUCGGCAGAUGUGACGGUAACCUCCUUCAACUCCAAGCUGUACACAGCAGACAUCUCUGUGGUGUAUCCCACAACUGAAUGGGGUACUGAAUAUUUCAUCCUUACGCCCACUGGGUCCCCCUAUGGCUCUCAUAAAGAGUUUGCUGUGACAAAUGGUAAAGAGAGCAACAAAGUGGAAAUUUUCCCACACGGAUCCAUCAAGUUCCAGGGCCGUGUCUAUGGGAUUGGCAGCCGGAUGGUGAUCGAUCUCCAGCCUUAUGAGAGCAUCCAGCUCCAGUCAGUGAACAACCUCUCUGGCACCAGAGUUUCCUCCCAGCGCCCUGUUGCUGUUGUCACGGGUCACACAUGCACCUGGCGCUUCUCCAAAUGCAACCAUGUAUAUGAGCAGCUGCUGCCAGUCAGCAAGUGGGGAACCAGCUUCAUUGUGCCUCCGCUGAGCUUCCAGGAGAGAUAUGACAGCGUCUUCCUCCAGGCCUCCCAGCUCACCCGAGCCACCGUCCAAUACGGCAACCGUGAAGAUGUUUUUACUCUGUCCAGGGGGCAGGUAAUGGAGGUCCGCUACCACAAUCCCGAAACGCUGUCCAUUCAGGCUGAUCACGGCAUCCAGGUCCUCCUACUCUUCAACGGUGUCACACUAAGCUGGCAACAAUUCUAUGACCCUUUCAUAAUGACCAUCCUGCCCACAGAACGCUUCUGCUCCUCUUACUCACUAGAGGCCCUGGAGGGCUUUGACAACCAAGUCCUGAUUGUGGCGAAGACCAGUGCAAUGGCAGAGCUGAGUUUUGAUGGUACAAACGUGCUCCGUGAUGCCAAGUGGAAAAAGGUUUUAGGGACAGAGUACUCUUGGACACAGAUGCCCUACAAACAAAACCCCAGCAACAAUAGACACACUGUGUCCAGCUCUGGCUCCCUCUUUGCUCUCUACAGUUUAGGAGUCAGCCAGAUGAAUGGUUAUGGUUCCCUAGGACAAUGUAUACAGCAAGGUGGUGGAUCUGGAACAUUGUCCUGCAGCAGUAUCACCUGCAGUGCCAAUGAGGUGUGUGAAGAAAAGGGUGGGUAUCCCUCCUGUGUCCCCAAACCAGUGGACAAGAAGCCUGGCAUCUGCUGGGCCAUGGGAGAUCCCCACUACCGCACCUUUGACGGGCGUCACUAUAACUUCAUGGGUACCUGCACAUACGUCAUUGCUAAAAACUGUGGGAAAGAUGAUCAUCUCCCUGCGUUUGAGGUCCUCGCCAAAAAUGAGAACAGGGGAAGCCUCAGGGUGUCGUAUGUCAGCUUGGUCACAGUGAAGGUGUAUGGCUUCACCAUAACAGUAGUUCGGUCUGAGACGGGCCGUGUGAGGAUUGACAAUGGUUUGUGGAGUUUGCCUGUGACCUUGAACAACGGAAAGCUGACCAUGUUUCAGAGCGGUCGCUCUGUGGUCAUUGAGACUGAUUUUGGCCUGACUGUCCGUUACGACUGGGAACACUAUCUCGAGGUCACUCUGUCCGGAAGUUACGCUGGUAAGACUUGUGGUCUGUGUGGCAACUUCAACAACAACCCCAAUGAUGACUUCACCACACCCUCUGGCACACAGGUGGGUGGGGCUGUGGCUUUUGGGAGCAGCUGGAAGGUGCCGGGGCUGGUUAAAGACGCUCUGUGCAAAGAUGACUGUGUGGGUGGGUGUGAGCGCUGUGAACACAGCAUGAUAAAGAUGUGGGAGGGUGACCUGUUUUGUGGGCUCAUCACACUUAUAGUAAAUGGGCCAUUCAGCAAAUGCCAUGCAGUCAUUGACCCACAAGCAUACUUUGAGAACUGUAAAUAUGAUGUGUGCAUGGGAGGCGGCCUUCGACAUUUCCUCUGCAGGGCACUGGAGGCAUACACUGAAGCCUGCCAGCUUGCUGGAAUCCAGGUUCAAGAUUGGAGGAAGAUGGCAAAAUGCCCUGCUAAAUGUCCAGCCAACAGUCACUAUGAGCUCUGCGGCAAUGCCUGUCCUGCCACUUGUGUGGACGGUAAUGCUCCUUCCAAAUGCAAACGUCCCUGUGUGCAGACCUGCACCUGUAACACAGGCUUUGUUCUUAGCGGAGGUCACUGUGUGCCUGCCUCCAAGUGUGGUUGUGUGUAUGAGGGUCGAAGCAUCUCUGCUGGAGAGACAUUCUGGCCUGAUGAGGGCUGUCGGCGGAGGUGUAAGUGCACUGCUGGAAGCGGACGCGUUGAGUGCCAGGAUAAAGGCUGUGGGGCAGGGCACCUGUGCAAAGUGAUUGACGGCAUUAGAAAGUGCCAGGCAGUUUCACACAGCACCUGCCAGGCCACAGGUGACCCCCAUUAUAAGACCUUUGACAACAGGAGGUUUAAUUUCCAGGGCACAUGUGUGUACCAACUGGUUGCACUCUGCUCCAAGGACCCAGAGUUAGUACCCUUUGAAGUUCUGGUGCAGAAUGAUCACCGGGGCAACAAGGUGGUCUCUUACACCAAGUUAGUGGAGAUCAAGAUAGACUCCAUCAGCAUUGUGAUUACAAAGACUCACAAGGGCCAGAUUAUGGUGAAUAAUGAGCUUGUCAACCUGCCCAUCACCCUGGAUGAAGGAAAGAUAUCUGUGUUUAAGAGUGGCUGGUCAGCCGUGGUCACUACAAACUUCGGCCUGAAAGUCACCUUCAACUGGGAAAGUGCCGUUUACGUAACACUGCCAAGCAAUUACAUGGGAGCCGUUUGUGGCCUCUGUGGUAACUACAAUGGCAAACCCGGGGAUGACCUGAUUCCAAGGAAUGGCAACAAACCCGUCUCACCCGACAAUUUCGGCACCAGCUGGCGAGUAGCAGAGAUCCCAGGGUGUGUGGAGGGCUGUAAAGGGGUGUGUCCUGAUUGCGACGUUAACCAGAAGGUUCAGUAUGAAAAAAAAGAUUUCUGCGGUAUGAUCACAGACCCCAAAGGGCCGUUCCGUGACUGCCAUGCCAAGGUGGACCCAGCUUCCUUCUUUGAAGACUGUGUUUAUGAUGUAUGCCUGUAUAAGGGCAGAAAGGAUGUGCUGUGUCAAGGUAUUACAUCAUACACAUCUGCCUGUCAAGCUGUGGGGGCCAAGGUGUACAGCUGGAGAACCAAACAGUUUUGUGCGGUGAAAUGUUCCAUCCACAGCCACUAUGAAAUUUGUGCGAUGGGCUGUCCUGCUACUUGCCAGAGUCUGACCCCUCCUCAAGGUUGCCAAGCUGAGUGUGAGGAGGGCUGUGCCUGUGAUGAGGGAUACAUCCUCAGUGGAGAUCACUGCGUUCCCUUCUCACAGUGCGGCUGCAUCCACAAUGACCGCUACUAUCGCAUCGGCCAGGUGUUUUAUCCCAAUGGGAAGUGUCAGGAGGAGUGCAAGUGCUCACAAGAUGGAGAGGUUGUGUGCAAGAAGUUCACAUGUGGUCCUAAUGAGAAGUGUAAAGUGGAGAAUGGCAUCCAAAAAUGUCACCCUGUUGGUAAGGGUGUUUGCCACGCCUCUGGUGACCCCCAUUACCGCUCCUAUGAUGGACGGACAUUUGAUUUCCAAGGCACCUGCACCUACACACUCUCCAAGAGCUGUAGACUGGAAGGGACCCACCUGGUGGCCUUCUCUGUUCAGGUGCAGAACGUGCAGUGGAACCAGAUGAUGAACAACAAAGUGGUGUCUGUCACCAAGCUGGUCGCUGUGGACGUCUUUGGCUUCACGCUCAUCAUGAGGAACAACAUGUUUGGAGUCCUGAUAAAUGGAGUGUUUAACUACCUUCCUGUGAAUCUCAAUGAUGGAGCUGUGCAGAUCUUUCAAGAAGGCAGGCAUUAUGUGAUUUUAACCGAUUUUGGGCUGCGUGUGACUUAUGACCUGGUCUAUCAUGUGACGGUCACAGUACCUGGUAAUUACCGUGAUAAGGUCUGUGGCCUGUGUGGAAACUUCAACGGAAACCCAAAAGAUGACUUCCAAAUGCCUAAUCGUCAGCUCACCAACAAUGUAAAUGCGUUUGGAACAUCAUGGAAGGUCACCAUCCCAAAUGUGGUGUGUGCAAAUGGCUGCGAAGGGAAUAACUGUCCUACAUGUGACCCAGCUCGCAAGGCUUUGUUUUCAAAGACCACUUACUGCGGUAUUGUUACAGCACCCAGCGGUCCUUUUGCAGCCUGCCACAGUAAACUGGACCCACAGCCAUACUUCCUAGACUGUGUGUUUGAUGUGUGUGCUUCUGAUGGUGAUGGGAAGGUGCUGUGUAACAGCAUAGCAGCCUAUGCCUUCAACUGUCAUAUGGCAGGAGUGGACGUCAAAAACUGGAGGACGCCUUCAUUCUGUCCCAUGAAAUGCCCAGCCAACAGUCACUACGAGGUGUGUGCAGACCCCUGCUCUGCAUCCUGCGCCGGCCUCUCAAAGAUUGUCCCGUGCUCCACCAGCUGUACAGAAGGCUGUGAAUGUAAUGAUGGCUUCCUAUUCAAUGGACAUGGGUGUGUUCAAGAGACUCAGUGUGGCUGCUAUGAUAACGGCAGAACAUACAAGCCUGGUGAGGUGGUGUAUGAGGACGACUGUAACACAAAGUGCACCUGCAAUCCAGAGGCAGGCCUCACCUGUGGGAAGCAUUCUUGCCCUAAAAGUACCAAAUGCAUGGUCAAGAAAGGAAUCAGGGCAUGCUACAACACAGAUCCCUGCAAAGAUGCAAAGUGUCGGGUCAAAGAGAAGUGCCGUAUUGAGAAGGGUGAAGCCGUGUGCGUCCCUGAGUACACGGGUAUAUGCUGGGCCUGGGGCGACCCCCACUACCACACGUUUGAUGGUUACAACUUUAACUUCCAGGGCACCUGCAAGUAUGUCAUCUCCAAGACCUGCGGGAAUCUGGAUGGCCUGGUGCCGUUCUCAAUCACUGAGAGGAACGAUAACCGCGGAAACACGGCAGUUUCUUAUGUCAGGGAGGUGGAUGUGUCUGUGUAUGGGUACACCAUCACCAUCCACAAGAGCCAAGUUGGCCGAGUCAUGGUGAACGGGCAGCUGCUGAAUCUUCCGGUACACCUGUUAGCAUAUGAGGGUGAGGGUGAGGUAUCAGUGUUUCAGCGCGGUCUCUAUGCAGUGGUGGAGACAAGUUUUGGCCUGGUCAUCUCCUACGACUGGAACUGGGAGCUGGUCAUCAGGCUUCCCAGCAGCUACUACGGCAGUGUCUGUGGUCUGUGCGGUAACUUCAACGGCAACAACCGUGACGAGCUCCAGAAUCCAGCUGGCAAAGCUGUCUCUUCAGUGAUAGAGUGGGGCAAGAGCUGGCAAACACCUGACCAGGACAAGGACCAUCCUUGCUGGGACACGUGUAAGGAAAAGUGCCCCACGUGUGAUGGCAAUCUGCGUAAGCUCUAUGAGACCGAGGCUUUCUGUGGCGGCCUCGUAGCCAAAACCAACAAUGUGUUCAAGAAAUGUCAUGCAAAACUGGACCCCCAGGCCUUCAUGAACAGCUGUGUGUAUGAUAUGUGUUUGAAUAAGGGAGACAAAAAGAUGCUGUGCCAGGCGCUGGCCUCCUACAGUCAGCAUUGUCGUGAGGAGGGGAUAAUAAUCAAGGACUGGCGGAAAAAGUUCAGCUGCCCAAUGAGCUGUCAGCGUCACAGCCACUAUGAAGACUGUGCUAGCCCAUGCCAGCCAUCCUGCCCAUUCCCUGAGAAAAAGAGGCCCUGCUCCGGUACUUGUGUGGAGACCUGUGUGUGCGACAAGGGUUAUGUCCUCAGCGCUGGCUCCUGUGUGCCUGCCAAGACAUGUGGCUGCUCCUAUGAGGGCCGUUACUACAAGCCAGGCCAGCACUUCUGGGAUGAUGAGUAUUGCCACCGCCUAUGUGAAUGCGAUACGACCAUGGGCAUGGUGAAAUGCCGUGAGGCUUCCUGCUCUGCCAAGGAGACAUGCACCGUGGUUGACGGAGAGCGAGCCUGCCGACCCAUCAGUCACGCCACGUGCACAGCCUCAGGUGACCCGCACUACCGCAGCUUUGAUGGCCGCAGGUUUGACUUCCAGGGCACAUGUGUGUAUCAGCUGGUGGGACUGUGCUCGGAGCAGCCUGGGUUAGUGCCGUUCAAGGUGACUGUGCAGAACGACCACCGGGGAAGCAUGGCCGUGUCCUACACAAGAACUGUCACGUUUUCCAUAUAUGGCAUCACCCUCACUAUCAGCAGAGAAUACCCCUACAAGGUUCUGCUCAAUGGGCAGCUCGCUUCGUUACCGCUGGAUUACAAUAAUGAGCUGAUCGUGUUUCUCAGCGGCUGGACAGCUGUAGUGGAGACAGUUGCUGGUAUCACCGUGACCUUUGACUGGCGGAGCACGGUGAGCGUUACUCUGCCCAGCAACUACGAGGGUGCUGUCUGCGGUCUGUGCGGCAACUACAAUGGCAAAGCUCAGGAUGACCUGACCAUGCGGAACGGCCAGACCGCCAAAAAUGGAGACAUGUUUGGGGAGAGCUGGCAGGUGGCCCUCGUACCCGGCUGCUCAUCAGUCUGCCAGGGGGCAGGGUGCCAGGCCUGUACAGACUCCCAGAGGAAAGUGUACCGAGCUCAGAAGUACUGUGGUAUUAUCGCUGACAAAGCAGGGCCUUUCAGAGAUUGUCACAAACGAGUGGACCCCACUCCUUACCUGGAAGACUGCGUGUACGAUGCCUGUCACUAUCAUGGUCACCAUGGGUCAGUCUGUGAUGCUGUGGGAAUCUAUGUCUCUGCCUGUCAGAGCCAAGGAAUCGCCAUCCGCUCUUGGAGAACAGAUACCUUCUGUCCGAUCGUGUGUCCAGCUAACAGCCAUUAUGCCCUGUGUGCCACGGGCUGCCCAGCCACCUGCGCCAGCUUACCCUCCUUUACAACCUGCCGCAGGCCCUGCACAGAGGCCUGCGUGUGUGAUGAGGGCUACCUGCUCAGUGGGGAUACCUGUGUGCCCGUCAAAGACUGCGGCUGCUCCUAUGAUGGCCACUACUAUAGGAGAGGAGAUGUUUUCUUCCCCGAAACCAAGUGUGUGGAGGAAUGCGUCUGUGGAGAGAACGGUGCUGUGUCUUGCCAAAAAGCAAAGUGCCGUGCAGGGGAGAUCUGUAAGAUUGUAAACGGAGUGAAAGGCUGCCACCCUGAGGGGCAGGGCAAGUGUGUGGCCUCUGGUGACCCUCAUUAUAUUUCUUUUGAUGGACGGAGGUUUGAUUUCCAGGGUACGUGUGUCUAUGUGUUGGCCAAGGUUUGUGAUGAUGACAAAGGCCAGCUGACGCCAUUCACUGUAACUCAGGGGAACGAGAAGUAUGGAAAUGGUAAAGUGGCUGUCACCAAGUCGGUUGCAGUGGAGGUCUACGGUUAUGUCAUUUACAUCCAGCAGAAAGUGCCCUGGAAAGUCAUUGUGGAUGAUGAACUUCUAAACCUUCCUCUCUCCCUGGACAAUGGGCGUGUCAGAGUCACCCAGGAAGGUCGCAACGUAAUUGUCCGCACAGACUUUGGCCUGGCGGUCCUGUACGACACUGUGUAUUAUGUGGAGGUGAUCGUGCCAUCUACUUAUGAGGGCAAGAUGUGUGGCCUUUGUGGCAACUACAACAAGAACGGCGGUGAUGACUUCAGACUUCCCAAUGGCAAAAAGGCAAACAACGUCGAUGACUUUGGGAAGGCGUGGGUGGUGGACCUGCCUGGCAAUGUGUGUGGUGGCUGCGGAGGCCAGUGUCCUGUAUGUGAGCAGGCCAAGGCCACUCUGUACGGGAAAGCCGACUCCUGUGGCAUCAUGAGUGCACCGAAUGGGCCUUUCAAAGCCUGCCACAGUAAAAUUGACCCGGCGGUGUUUGUGUCUCACUGCGUGUUUGAUGUUUGUGCGGUUGGUGGCAACAAAGGCACUCUGUGUGACAGUGUCCAGGCAUAUGCUUUGGCCUGCCAAAGCGAAGGAGUGAAAAUUCAGCCAUGGAGGAGCAGCUCCUUCUGCCCUGCUUCCUGCCCAGCACACAGUCACUAUGAGGUGUGCGCCAACACCUGUGGUGGGACCUGUGCCAGCUUUAUUUAUCCGUUCACUUGUUCUGAAAGCUGCUUUGAGGGAUGUGAAUGUGAUGCCGGCUUUGUUUUCGAUGGCAUCCAAUGUGUUCCCUUGGACAACUGUGGAUGUGUGCACAAUGGCAGAUAUCUGACGGUGGGUCAAGCAGUGGUGGACAAAGCCUGUAAGUCCAAGUGUGUGUGUCAGGCCUCUGGGCUGAUUAAGUGUGAGAAGCUGUCUUGUGCCAGUGGGGAGGUUUGUGGCGUCAGAGAUGGGGUGAGAGGUUGCCAUGCCAAACAGGGCCAUUGCGGCAUCAGCCAAGUUGGCCACAUCACCUCCUUUGAUGGCAUGUCUGGAGCGAUAGGAGCUCAAGGGGCAUUUGAAGUGGCGUCUCUGUGCGAUGAAGCCACCAAGCUGUGGUUCCGUGUGGUUGUGGAUGUUAGGAUCUGCAGUAAAGGCAGAUCUCCCACUGUCGCCACCGUGCAUGUGUUCUUCAAGGAAACAGUUGUCGCAGUGAACAGCCAACACGUGACGUGGGUAAAUGGCAGGAAAGUGUCUCUUCCCAGCAAAGUGACGAGUGACAUCUCAGUCCGCAUCUCAGAGAGGACUGUGAUCGUCGAGCACGCAUCUGCCGUGCGGGUCACCUACUCAAUUUCCCAAGAGGUCACCGUCAUUGUAGACAGCAGCCUCUCUGGUAAAAUGUGCGGAGCCUGCGGCAACUACAACAGCAACUCCAAAGAUGAUAUGAGGACGGCAGAUGGGAAAAUCACCACCGAUGUGACUGUGGUUGUUGGCUCCUGGAGUGCUGGGGACUUUUCUAGAUGCGGCCUGUAG